UCACCACAUGUAGGAAUGCAGGCGAGGCGACCCGUGAUCUUGAUUCGGAUUUGAUUCGCAUCCAGAAGACAAGGGCGAACCAUCCACCGCAGGCGACCCGCCAUCUUAAUUUUCGGGUUCGAUUCGAGUUCAGAAGACAAGGGGGAACCCACUCACUGGCUGAGGACGACGAACCACAUGCGAAGAAGCCCAACCGUAAAACCUUUGUCUGCAAAACCCUAAACCGGAGAAAAUGGGGGAGAAAGAAAGGCGGAAGGAGAAGGAUCGUCGAGAACGAGACAGGGACAGAGAUCGCGAUCGAGAACGAGACCGGGACAGAGAUAGGGAUCGGGAUCGCGAUAGGGAGCGGGACCGGGAUCGUGAUCGGGAACGCCGCCGUUCUCGUUCUACGGAACGUAGUCAUCGCCAUGUCCGGUCAGGAACUCGCUCCCCUGACCGCCGGCUGAAAUCUAGGUCCAGGUCCAGGUCGAGGUCCAGGACGAGGUCCCGGACGCCAGAAAAGCACCGGCGUCGCCAUCGUUCGUCAUCUCCAGAUCACCAGUCACGGCUGGAUAGGAAGCGCCGAAGAGACGACGAUGAUAAGGAGCGUCAGAGGGCAGCCGCUGCAAAUGAUGAGAGCAAUGCAAAGCAGCCAGCGGAGAGGUUGGGUCCAAUUGAGGACGAGAACGUGGAUGACACGGAUGAAAUGGAGUUGAUGAAGAAGUUGGGGAUACCGUUGGGUUUUGAUUCUACGAAGGGGAAGCCGGUGCCUGGGGCCAAUGUCAGUGGUGUUAGAGUUGCAACGAAACGACAGCCUAGGCAAUAUAUGAAUCGUCGGGGCGGCUUCAAUCGGCCUUUGCCCGCCGAAAGGAAUCGCUAGACUGAAUCGUGCACUUGUCGAAGACGUUUGGAUGAAACUCUUGUACCUCAUUUGACAGCUGCAGUUAUGUAUGACAGUAUGAGCUAGUGUAAUUUUGAGGAUUUCAAUAUUUCUGUAUAUCCAUUUAAAAUUUCACUCGGAACUUGUCAGCAUCCUCUUGAGUUGUCUUUCUACAUUUUCAUAUUACAUUUGGGAUUAAUGCAAUAUCAUUUUUGUUGCUGCA